CUGGCCGGUGGUGGGAGCAGACCGUUCUUGCCUCUGAACCGGCAAUCAUGGCUCCGGGUUGGCCGCGGCCUCUGCCGCAGCUCCUCGUGUUGGGAUUCGGGUUGGUGUUGAUACACGCCACGGCCGGGGAGCAAGCACCAGCCCCCAGAAUAGCCGCACCCAGCCGCCAGCUUCUGACCUGCAGCCCCCUCCCCAGGCAACGCCCCAUGCUCAAGCGGCAGCUCCUGGAGCGCGGACCUCGACAAGUGCAUGGACUGCGCUUCUUGUCCAGCGCGACCACACAGCGACUUCUGCCUGGGAUGCGCAGCAGCACCUCCUGCCCACUUCAGGAUGCUAUGGCCCAUUCUGGGAGGCGCUCUUAGUCUGGCCCUGGUUUUGGCGCUGGUUUCUGGUUUCCUGGUCUGGAGACGAUGCCGCCGGAGAGAAAAGUUUACUACCCCCAUAGAGGAGACUGGUGGAGAAGGCUGCCCAGGUGUGGCACUGAUCCAGUGAGGAGCACCCGCGCUGGUGCCCAUUCAUCGUCCAUUCAUUCAUUCUGGAGCCAGCCUGGCUUUCCAGAGACAAGCCGCGCCAGACUCUUCCAACCACAAGGGGGUGGGGCGAGGUGGUGAUUCACCUCCAAGGACUGGGCUUAGGGUUCAGGGGAGCCUUCCAGGGUGUCUAAUUGCCCUGUCUCUGGUUCUGGGGCAGACAGAGAGCCUCAAGCUAGGUCACAAAGCGACUCAUACUAAGGAUCUGCAGCAUUUGCACAAGGGAAUCUCUUGCUCCCCACAAGUCCUGGAGGCCUGGCCGACUUGAGGGGCAGACACAACACUGGGUUCCACCCACUCGGAUGGACUGAAAUGCCACUACCCUGAGUUUUAGCCCUGGGAGUGGGUUAGAUUGAGGGACCUGUUCAUAACACUAAGGGGGCUGGCCCUCUGGGAGGGCUGGUCCCAGUACACACAAACACAACCCAUCCCCCAAGGGGGUGAUAUUUAUUUUGGGGAUAAAGUUUGGAGGGGAGGGAGACUUAUUAAUAAAAGAAUCUUUAACUUUAAA